AUGUUUUGUUGGUUUCACAGGGGUGCUGCUGCCCUGGGCUUCACUGACCCGCUUCUUUCUCUUCCAGCUUCCUCCAUCCUCAAAAGAGAGAAACGGCUGAGGACAAAGAAUGUGCAUUUCAGCUGUGUCACCGUGUACUACUUCACCAGGAGACAGGGCUUCACCAGCGUGCCCAGCCAGGGGGGCAGCACUCUGGGCAUGUCCAGUCGUCACAACAGUGUGCGCCAGUACACCCUGGGCGAGUUUGCAAGGGAGCAGGAACGGCUGCACCGGGAGAUGCUGAGAGAACACCUCAGGGAGGAGAAGCUCAACUCUCUAAAGCUAAAGAUGACGAAGAAUGGCACAGUGGAGUCUGAAGAAGCGAGCACUCUGACAGUCGAUGACAUUUCCGACGACGAUAUUGAUUUAGACAACACAGAAGUAGACGAAUACUUCUUCCUACAACCCCUGCCCACAAAAAAACGGAGAGCCCUGCUGCGUGCCUCUGGAGUGAAGAAGAUUGACGUGGAAGAAAAACACGAGCUGCGAGCCAUCCGCCUGUCUCGGGAAGACUGUGGCUGCGACUGCAGAGUGUUCUGUGAUCCGGAAACAUGUACCUGCAGCCUGGCAGGCAUUAAGUGUCAGGUGGAUCGUAUGUCUUUCCCGUGCGGCUGCACUAAAGAAGGCUGUAGCAACACAGCAGGUAGAAUUGAAUUUAAUCCUAUCCGUGUCCGGACUCAUUUCUUGCACACAAUCAUGAAACUUGAACUCGAGAAAAAUCGUGAGCAGCAAAUCCCCACGCUGAACGGCUGCCACGGUGAGAUAAGCCCCCACGGUACUUCCAUGGGCCCCGUCGCACACUCGGUAGAAUACUCCAUCGCAGACAAUUUCGAGAUCGAAACGGAACCCCAGGCUGCCGUGCUGCACCUGCAGGAGGAGCUGGAUUGCCACGGAGAGGAGGAGGAAGAGGAGGAGGAUGGAAGCAGCUUCUGCAGCGGAGUCACUGACUCCAGCACACAAAGCCUGGCCCCCAGUGAAUCGGAUGAGGAAGAAGAGGAGGAGGAGGAGGAAGAGGAAGAGGAGGAAGAAGAUGACGAUGAGGACAAGGGAGACGGCUUUGUAGAAGGGCUGGGAGCCCAUGCCGAAGUCGUCCCUCUUCCUUCUGUUCUUUGUUACUCAGAUGGCACCGCAGUUCAUGAAAGCCACACAAAGAACGCUUCGUUCUACGCUAGCUCUUCAACCCUGUACUACCAAAUAGAUAGCCACAUCCCAGGAACUCCUAGCCAGAUCUCUGACAGCUAUUCGGAAAGAGAUACUGUCAAAAACGGUGCCCUGUCGUUGGUGCCUUACGCCAUGACCCCAGAGCGAUUCGUUGACUAUGCCAGACAAGCGGAAGAGGCCUACGGGGCCUCCCACUACCCAGCUGCCAACCCUUCUGUCAUUGUUUGCUGCCCCACUUCUGAAAAUGAUAGUGGGGUGCCCUGUAACACCUUAUACCCCGAACACAGGCCCAGUCUUCCCCAAGUGGAAUUUCACUCAUACUUGAAAGGCCCUUCCCAGGAAGGGUUCGUCUCCGCGUUGAACGGCGGGGACGGCCACAUUUCCGAGAAUCCAGCGGAGAAUUCUCUGAGCCUUGCCGAAAAGAGCCGCCUACACGAGGAGUGCAUUAGGUCCCCCGUGGUGGAGACGGUCCCCGUUUAGUUGCUUAGAUUAUUCUGUUAGAGCACCGAGUCUUCUAUUUAAGGCACUGUAUUGCAUUUCCUGGGCUCGUUUGUUUAACCGGAAGACCAAGAAAAUGUGGACUGUGAUGACCUCCAGACACCAUUUCUUUUUCUCCUUCCUAGCUUCCCAACUCUGGCGUGACACAAAUAAAACACAGUCGCUAUGGGGAUUUUAAACGAUUUUGAACUGUUUUUGAUAGAAAAAUGCUGAAUUUAAAAAAAAAAAAAACGCAUCUCUCACAGUUGCCUACCUUUCAAACUGGGCGAAACCUGCUGAGCUGUGCAGACCAUAGCUCCACGUCUUAGAUUGUCGGGCCUGUGCAAGAUUGUUAACUAAGACUAGAAAAAUAAUCAGAUUUAAAGACCUAAUUUUCGAUAUAUCUGAAGAUGGUGGUGACUUUUUCAUGUAAAAGUAAUGAUUGUCAGAAAAAAAAAAAAGAUUGAAUCGUUUCUUGUGUAUUUUCUUUCUGGUAGUUUAGAAGUCACGCUUUGAAGAAAAUGAACAGUGGGCUCACUGAAGCUGCCGUUGCGUUAGCUAGCACCACAGAGCAUGCCCACGAGGACUGCACCUGGAAUCCGCCCACGUUUUUAUGAUCCUGACUAAGCAGAUUUGCAGAUACUUUCUUAAGGAUGACAUAGGCCUAUUUUUGCUAUGUGGGACAAAUGAGUCUAUAUGUAUAUAUGCGCAGGUCCUUCCGCAGUUCUCUCUAAAGUUCAGAGUCAGGACAAUCCUCUGGUGAGGGUCCAGUUCGCUGCCCUCCCCUCGGCCGAGAGAGAUGGAAUUGCCUUUCUUUUUUAAACAGUGUCAUCUUGUUUAUUAGCUUUGACUGCACCUUUAAACUCCACCCCCCUCCGUCAAAAUGCACUUUAGUGCCCCUUCCCGGUACCUCGCGUGGGGUGGGGGUCUCAGAACGCUUUGAAAUCAAAACUUUUUACUCAUAAAACAGUCGACUAUUAUGAGGAUCAUAUAAACAGGUAGAGGAUCCUUCCAGUGGCGUGAAGGAAAAUGGCCUGUUUUUCUUCACCGCUCCGAGGACCUAACUCCGUAACACAGAGGAGGCUGGGGGAAAAAAAAAACCAGACGAGCACAGCCUCAGAAACCAAUCUAUUCUACACCGUGAUCAACCCAUCUCUACAAAAGCAAAACCAUGUCAUGAGACUUCCACUUAGCCGCUAGCUGAUUGAAGGCAGGCCUGCACUCACGCACUCAUGAGGCCUGACUUUCCUGAAGCGUUUUUUCUUGGUCUUGCCGAGGACAGUUAGUCCCACAGUCCAUAAUGCAUUGCAAAGGCAGCAACCUCGUGUUCUCUUGCUUAGUAAAGAGAAAGCAUAGAAAAGAAACACACACUCACGUUCUCCUGCUUAGUAAAGACAAAGGACACAUGCCCUGCCUUCCACUGGAUUGCCUGCUUGGUGCCCGGGAGGACUCUGAGCAACCUCUUUUCCUGUGAGCUCACAUAACUAUAGCACAAGCGCCAGCGUCCCCCCAACGCAAUGAUUAUGCUGAGCCCAUUUCCCAGCUUUGACAUCCUAUUGCUUUGACAUCAUUUUACGUGUUUUACGACUAUUUAAGAUGGAGACAUGCCCUGCUAUGUAGUAGCUACAUCCCUAAUGUUUUCUAUGCCUCCUAGACUUGGGCAUUUUGAUAUCUUACAGAUUUCAAUUCCUCAUAACUUAUUUCAUUUGCCCAGAUGUCGAUGGGCUUUGGAGUCCUCCCGUGAGACGUUUCUCUUUAAACUUGAUAUGGUGAAAGGGUGUUUGCUUAUGGAGUUGGUUCCUGCCCACCUCUCCAACUCCUCAAGGCCAAACCAACCCUAAUUAUUACUGACAUUAGAAAGUCGUAGUGGGGGCAGGCGGUUUCUUGUGUUGGAUUGGUGGGGCUGCUGGGAUGGACGCAUGCUCUGACUGUGCUCGUAUGACCAGAGUUACCUGUAGUGUUGCCUUUCGUAGUGUUUGAUCUCUAGCCUCCCUGACCCCCGCCUACGCAAUCUAAAGAGCAGGGACUCAGAGGAAAUGACAAUAGGCUAUUGUUGUUUGUUCAAACAUGGAAGGAAUCCCAUGUUCCGUGUGUGCUUGACCAUUCCAACCACUGGAGGUAUGGACUGGUGAGGCACUCUCGGGCUGUUUUAGGACAGAGAGCAGGGAGGCACAGGGCAACCCUGACUAGGGUGGAGUUGAGGGGGGUCAUGGCAGUCCAAUCCCUCAACCCUUAGAUAUACAUAUUUCAGUCCAGCUUUGUUUUUACAAGACUUGGGUCCUGCCUUUGUGUAUUUGGCUGGGCUUCUCUUCUGCAGCUUUAUUUUUAAGUGUCCCAAAAGGACACUUCAAACACAGAACUGCCUUCCUCUCUCUAUUCAGUGGGGAUAGAAAGUCUCACUCUGCUAAGGAUAAUCACCUUUCGAAGCAUGAGAGCCGCCAUUCCAAUAUUUCACAUACCUAAGUCAUCCACAGACAUCUCUUGCAAAUCAUACUAGGUACAGGCUACCUAUUUUAACAACAAAUAAAACUCUACAUACUUUUAUCUGUGCUGCACACACACACAGAACACACAUGUCCCAUACCCUAGAGUGGGACAGAUUUGAGCCAGUAGCUAGUAAGGAGUACCGGAUAGUUUGUUCCUACAGAACCAUCAGGUUGCAGUUGAUAUAAAAAUACAGAAGAAAAAUUUGAAAGCAAUUGAUAGAAAAUACUGGGUUAAAGUUACAAAUAAUACUAGUGAGGAAUUAUCUCCUGUGUCUUCCUUUCCCAGUAAAAGUUGAGAAUACAAUGAUUCUUCUGGAUCAUUUUUCCCAUUAAUAGACUUUGUCUUUGAUAAAAACUGCCCCCGUGUGAGGCCAGUGCUAGAGUUCUUUCUGUUUCCCUAGGGGAGAAUACAGCUGUGUCGAGCCUCUUUAAGUCUUUGCACUGAGGCACAAUGAUAAGACCUACAGCUGUUGCAUUGCAUGGUGUAUCUAACCAAUCAGAGUCUGUGUGCACGGCUCCCAAGCCAUGCAUUAUCAAUGGCAAAGCCCAAUGCUGCAGACCCUAUUGUUUGUCAUUGAUAAAAAGAAAUCAAAGGCCAUUUUAAGUUCCCCCCAUCAAUUAUUUAAAAUACAAUUGUCUCUUUUCUUUUAGUAGUAUUGAAGAAUAGACUUUUUUGAAAACCAGUCUUUGUGAGGGAAUCACGUUUUUCUGAUCAUGUCAUGCCAAGCACAUAUACAAUAUCCAACAUUUCCUCAAGGGAUGAAAUUUGUGUAAUCAUAUGACCCAGCAGUACCAUCUCCCCUGGCAUGCUCUUACACAAAUACAACAUCUUAUAGCAUCAGCUAUAGAAAUGUGCCACAAUUCUCAAGGCACGCAGAGGUUAUACUGAUUACCUUCUAGGCAAAAUUUUGAUUAAGAUUUCAUUAAACACGAAAUGUACCAUAAUUUAUUUCCUAAUCGGUACCUCACUUUUUAAUUGUUACCUUGUACAAGUUCUUAAGGACUUAGUGUUGAUCCUCAGAAUGUGUUCAAUAUCUGCUUAUUUUUCGCUUUUAACAAAUAUUUAUUGAAUACCUCCGAUGUUGUAACAGCUGACUUGGCAGCAAAAACAGCAGGGGAACUGGCAAUUUGGAAGGGUGAGGACAACAGAGGGUAGCAUGAGGUAGUCAAGCCUGGCCAGAUCCUUUGACAUGGAAUCCUCCAGUGUCCCAUGGGAAACAUCGUCACCAGCUCUUCUCAUUCAGCCCAAAAGGCUUCUAAAAGGAGCUGCUUUUCUCUCUAGUCAUGGAGCUUACUACAUCCUCCUGAAACUUGGGAAGUAAAUUUGGAUUCAGGGAGAAGAUAUUCAGAGAGUUGUUUCUUGGAUGCAGAGCUAGCUAAGGAAAUGUCGGCUGUAUGCCAGUAAAGUCCCAGCAGAUUUGAUUCCUACAGAACCCAGAGAAGGACCUCUUACUCAUUUUAUAAACGGAUGAUUUAAAUGGUAGAACCCUGUGCCAAAAGCAUUGCCUAGAAGCAGGUAGAAAAUGAGGGAGGUCAGCUGUGGCUACAGUCCAGUGCAGUUUACGGUCACUGUCGUCGACAUAGAAGACGGCAAUUGUAAGUGGGAGCACCUUUAUGCUUCCACGGUCAGAACGACUGUAAUGUGAAAUUGUAACUAUUUGUUGUAUUGUGGCCAUGGCCAAUACCCAAAGUGCAAGGCUGGCUCCCUUUUUUACUCCUAAUGUGAGCCUGAAUUUUCUUGUAUCCUUUCCCAAGAACCGUGAGCUUGUGCUGGAAGCGCCCAGCUGUCCCGACUUCGCACCAGCUCUUUGGCUCAUCAGCCAUGCUCUGUGGCAGGACGGAAUUGAACGGACUGAGAACCACGGUUUGAAGGCUCACUACAGUUUUGAAAGGGACAGGAUAGGGGUUCCGACGGAAUGUGAGUUUGGAACUGACAGUGUCUGCUAAGAACUGUCGAUACAUUUGUCUCCGGAGAGUUGGGCCAGGGUUAGUGAACUCGAGAGUCAUAAGUGGUAGGCCCUCCAAAACCAGGGAAGUCACUGCUGAUGCUGCUGACCUCAGAGCCCAGUUGGUAGUCCCAUUCGCUGGCCAGCAUCCAAAGCAGUCGUGGUUCAUCCUCUAAAACAGAACACCGACCUCCAGCCAUCCGAAGAAAGUCUCUAAACACACAUGCACGCACGCACACUAAAUGUUAAAUGAUUAAACAGCUAACGUUAUUGACAAAAGUGAGGUUUAUUUGGAACCUUAGCAAACGUGGCUCUGAAUCAGUCUUUCGUAAGCUUUGCCAGUUCCUUCCGUGCCAGUACAUCUCAAGCCAGACUAGGAGACCCAAUGUCUUCUAAACAGCAUGGGUGUCUCUCUCUUUUGUUGCUCGCCAGAAACUUAAACCUGAAAGCUUGGUACUGCCUGGGUGUUCUGGUAGUCCGUCGUAGGGCAAGUCUAACUGUAUGCUCUUGUCUGCCGUGGGGUCAUAGAAAGUCAGAUAAAGUGUGGACCCCGAGGAGAGAGUAGCAAUGAGCUCCCGAGCCCAAAACCAGUAUCUUUGUCAGCAUUGUGUUUACGGGAUUUUUAAAAAAAAUUUCUCCUUAGGAGCUGGAACGUUAGUGCGUGCAGGGAUUUGUUACGUGUGGGAAUAGAAAUCACCCCGAAGGUUUUACGUCCUGCCAGUUGCUGUUUUCUUUCCUUCCCACUGGCCUUCGCUUUGCAGGACUACUGCUUGGCAUCUGACCCUUCAUGCUUGCUUACAUUUUAAGAAAAGACAGUUUUAUUGUUAUUUUACUCCAUCUCUCACAGAAGCUGGCAGGACCAGCCUUGUCAGGGAGGAUGACCUAGGUCAUUUUAAGCAGCCUUCCUGCUCAGCAGGCUUGCUGCAGUUCCCCCAGACUCCCUCAUUAGCAUACUGAUAGCUUAGUCAGUUCAAAAUGAAGUUUUCUUCACGUGUGCAAGGUCGUCUACGUAUUUUUAAGGAUAAUGUAUAUUGAUUAGAAAGGUCUAUGAGGAGAUAAAUUGGGUAGAAAUCAGCCUUGCUUUUGUCAAAAUUGGUUUACAUGACUAUUGAUUUCUAGUUGGAGUAUUAAAUUAGCUUCACAGUUAAAUGUCUUAUUUCUUUUUAACUCUUUCCAUUUUUUUUAUUUUAUUUUGGUCUGGCUUGUAAUGAACCUGAAAGUUAUAUAUUAAUGAGUUCUUGGAAGAAAACUGAACUUUUAAGGUGUUUCUUUAAAGAUUAUCUAGAAAAUUCUAUCUAUACCAAGCCUUACUGAGUAGGAAAUGAGACUCCUUACCCUCCUGUCUGAGUCAUGUGCCCCUAAAGAGUUUGAUUCUUACCACUCUGCUGGAGAGAUAUCAAGAGGGAAUUUGUAGCACAUUUUAUCCAGUAUUGCUUUGCUCUUUUUCAUGUUAAACACCCAUUUUUCCUCCCUUUUCUUAGAAAUGCUAUCAGUAUUGAAAACAAAUUCAAAGACCUAUGUAAAUUAUGAAAGUAUUUAAAUAUGAAGAAGAGAAAAUGCUCAAUUUUAAAUCUGAAUUGCCCUAAAGAGGAAAAAAAAUAUCUAAAACUUGGGAAUAUAUUGUUGCCCUUAAAAAAAAUAGUGUUUGUACUUGAGUACUGAAAUGGUACCCAAGUGAUAUCUGGGCUUGAUAGAUUUUAAAUUUUAAUAGCUAGAAAAGUCAUCUUGGUUUUCUUUUUUUUUUCUUUUUUCUUUUUCUUUUUCU